AUGUAAUUAUUUAUAAGCAUUAUUUGGCCUUUUAAAAUAUAUGAGUUUUUAAAUAAGAUAAAAAUAUUAAAAUAAUCACUAGAAAUAUUUCAAAAAUAUAUACUAUUAUUCCUAUAAUUAAAAGUUCUGUAGUUUGUGUUUUUUUUUGAAUUAAAUCUUAUAUUAAAAUUGAUAUAAAAUCAAAUAGUAUUAGAAUUAAAAUGA